CCACCAAGUAACUAAAAGUCUACAGCUUCCUUAUCCCACAAGAAACAUGGUCAGUUUCGUCAUUAACACAAAAGGUCAACACACACACACACAAAAGUCAAAGUGCCCUGAUCUAAAUCCAGAAAAAUGAAUCUAUAAAUAUGCAAAGGAUCACCACCCACCACCAUUUAAUUUGCUUACUCUUCUCAUUUGCUCAUUUCACUUUCAACAAAUACACCAAAAUCUCCUCUACCGCCUUCUCUCUUCCUCCAUUCCUACAACAUCAAAGCUUUCUUUCACACCCCUCCCAAAACAUAAAAAACCGAAACCGAAACCAGAACCAGCAGUUGAAAUGGGAAUGAUGAAUAUAGGGAUGAAAAGAGGCAGGGAUUCUGAAUUCAACAGCAUAACCGCCAUGGCCAACUGCUUGAUGUUGUUAUCCGGGGCCACCGGAGACUUCGAAGUACUAAACAACAUCACAAACGUCAGCAACAACGCCGGCCAUCAUCUGAGCCCUAGCCGGGUGUUCGAGUGCAAAACGUGUAACCGGCAGUUCCCGUCGUUCCAAGCUUUGGGAGGCCACCGGGCGAGCCAUAAGAAGCCAAAGCUAGGCGGAGACCUCAGCUUACAAUCCCACGUGGCAACCUCCCCGCCGAAACCCAAAACCCACGAGUGCUCCAUCUGCGGCCAGGAGUUCGCCGUCGGUCAGGCGCUCGGCGGUCACAUGAGGAGACACCGGGCGGCGGCGGCCGCCGACAACAACCAUCGCGAUGAUCGGAACCGCCACCAGUCUCCGGUUUCAUCGUCGAUCUCGUCUCAGACGACGACAAAUGUGUCACACGAUCAUGAUGAUUCGGAUGUGAAGAAGAAGUCGAAUAAUGAUGAUUACAAAAGGGUAUGGGGUUUGGAUUUGAAUUUGACUCCUCUGGAGAAUGAUGAUUUGGAUUUCGGACUUGGGAAAAGGAUAGUGCCUCAUCCUGCAACACUACUUGAUUGUGUUUUGUAAAUCAAUUCCGUUUAAGAAAAACAUGUGUAAAUGUUGAGUUUAGUUUGUUUAGUACUGCUAGAUCAUAGUCCAUAUAUUAGGCCGCCAACAGUACUGAUCAUGAUGUUGGCACUUCAGGGUUGUUUCUUGGAUUCAUUCAUUUGUUCAUACUUCAUACCACACAUUUACCGUGUUAUUUUAUUAUAUAUAUACACUCAACAUAUACAUUUUUUUGGUCCACUAUUUUAAUGAUUUAUGUAAGUUGGCGUAAGUACUGAUUCUAUACAUAUAUAUCAUCA